GCAAUCUGCUUCUUCUUAUUUUCCCCUCUCCCUCUCUGUCUCUCUAUCUGUUCAAUCUGCAAUCUGCUCUUUCUCUCUGUUGUUCUUCCCCUUCCCCUUCCCAAGCAUAUUAUAUACUACACACAAACUUCUACAUAAUCUCCCUCUCCCUCUCCCUCUCCCUCUCACAUACACAACCCCUUCUAGCUUCUACAUAAUCUCCCUCUCCCUCUCCCUCUCACAUACACAACCAGCGCAGCCUCCCUCCCUUAGCUUCUACCUUCAUUCUCAUCAUCACAUAGACACAUACACAACCAUGAACACCCAGCUCAACCAUCUAGUCCCCAUGGACUUUGAAAAUGCUGUGGAUGUUCCGGCUUCCCACACUUGGGACUCCCUCUCCUCCAACGCUUCUUCAAGCGAGGAGUCUAUUCCCAUAAUUGAUCUUGAGGACCCUGAAGCCGUGAACAAAAUAAAAACGGCCUGCGAAAACUGGGGUGCCUUUCAGGUGAAAAACCAUGCCGUUCCUCUCGCCCUUCUUGCCGAGAUUGAGCAUCAGGCUCGCAGCUUCUUUGCAUUGCCCAAGGAGAAGAAGAUACUCACUCUCCGCUCUCCCGGAAUCCCCUCCCGCCCCGGCUACGGCAUCAUCCCCGCAUCUAGCGCUUAUAGCAGCUUGAUGUGGAUGGAAGGAUUCACGGUUUCGGAUACGCCGGAGGAGCAAGCACGCCUGGUUUGGCCGGAAGACUACUCCCCUUUCUGCACUGCUGUUGAGGACUACAAGGAGCAACUUAAGGGCUUGGCUAUAAAGAUCACUUCUUUAAUAGUCAAAGCAUUGGGCAUGUCGGAGGAAGAUGUGGACUGGUUGAAGUCCAAAAACACAAGUGCCUUCCUCCACUUCAAUUCAUACCCAACAUGCCCAGACCCAACCCGGGCACUGGGCAUGGUGCCACACACCGACUCCUCACUCAUCACGUUGCUUUACCAAAGCAACACCAACACUGGUUUGCAAGUGUUUGGCCGCAACAAAAAAUGGGUUGAUGUGAAACCCAUACCCGAUGCACUUGUCGUUAAUGUUAGCGACAUGAUGCAAAUCUUUUCAAAUGGACACUUUAAAAGUGUUAAGCAUCGGGCUGUUGUUAGCCAAACCUCCCACCGCAUCUCCAUCACCUACUUCUUUGGUCCGGAGAUUGACUUAAAAAUUUCAUCUCCGGCCAAAUUAGUCAAGGGCCGUGAUUCUAGGUAUCCCCCCAUAUCGUGGAAGGAAUACCGGGGAUUAAGGGAGUUCAUUUUGAUAAGGCCUUGGAGGUGGUGCAAACCAGUGAUGAGGAGUCGUCACCAGUGGGGGUAGCUAGGGUUAAGCCUUGUGUUGUCUGGUUGUACUGUAAUGACAUCAGAAUUCCUUUUGCUCUUUCAAUUUGUGCUAUGCAAUUAUUACUUGGUUCUCAUUAAGCUUUA